CUCGUCACUUUAUAAACCUCUCUUCAGAUUCAAUUCUCUCUCGUCACUUUAUAAACCUCUCUUCAGAUUCAAUGUUGUCAUCAACUGGUAGUGAAGAAAGCAACUACAACUCAUCUUCCUGGUCUUCCCCCACCACAACACCCGCUUCUCCAUUCUCGCAGGCAACCCCAAGAAGAACCAUGGAGGAGGUCUGGAAGGACAUCAACCUCGCCUCGCUUUCGGACUCCAACAACUCACUCAACAACAAUCCCAACUUCAGAAACAUGACCCUCCAGGACUUUCUGGCAAGGCCCUUUGGCAAUGUGGUCUCUCCCAGACCCGAUCACCACCACCAUCACCACACCACUCGCAACUCUCCUCCUCCUCCUCCUCCUCAAGCUGUGAUGCCGAGCCCAGCUACUGUUCUGAGCUUGAAUCAUUUGAGCUCGGACCAGUUUCAGCUCUUCUGUAUUGAGAAUCUCAACACUAGGCCUAUUGUUAACAUCAACCACCCCAAUAGUAGUACUGUUUCUGAUAACUCUUUCAGUGGUGCUUACCCAUUUGAGGGUCUCGGAAACCAAUCUUCUCCUUCUUCUGGGUUGGUUAUGCCGUCGGGUUUUGGGGUCGGGAAGAAGAGGUUACCGGAAUCUGAUCGUAGCAACUUCGGAGGAGGAGAUCGGAGACACAAGCGGAUGAUCAAGAAUAGAGAAUCUGCUGCAAGAUCCAGAGCAAGGAAGCAGGCUUACACGAAUGAGCUGGAGCUUGAGGUUCAGCAUUUGAUGGAAGAGAAUGCGAGGCUGAGAAGACAGCAAGAACAGUCAAGUAAUGCAGCAGCUUCUCGACUACCCAAAAAGCACAGUCUGAAUCGAUCAUCAACAGCACCAUUUUGAGAGAGCUCAGUGAAUUUGAAUUCCUCUUUUUCCCCGGCAAGGUCUCUCUCUCAGUUAGAGUAGUACCUAAUGUGUUGUAGUAUUUUGUGGGUAAUUAGGGUAGUCUAGUAGUACUACAAUCUUUCUCCGUGUAGAUCGAGGUUUUCUGGUAGCCAAGCUAGCUAGAAUAUGGCAAUGACUAUCAAUGGAGCGCCUAAUUCGCCUUAAUCGGCAAAGUUUAUACAAGUAAUGUUGCUUUUAAGAACAUGAUUUAGGGAUUUUAUGCACAUUAAUCGG